CACCAGCAGUGUGCAUGCUUAAAUCCAUUAAUGGGGUUUUUAUCUGUGAUCAUAAAAAGCAGGUUACAUUCAGCCUGGAAGGGAGUGAGGGUUGGAGGAGAGGGGAGGGCAGAGCAAGAGCAAGAGAGAGAGAGAAAGCAAGGGAGAAAGAGAGCACAAUUCACUCGGUGAAUUGCUUGCAAGCUUUGGGCUGAUAAUUAGGGAUCUCAGGAGAGCAGUUUCUCAGAAUAACCUGUUCGCCUUCAAAUGGACCGAGUGGAGACAGUGGUUCAGUCCUGCUGAUAUUUUUUAAGCCCUCCUCACAGUUUGAUGGGCAUUCCCAGCGCUUUUGUGCACGUCUCGGAGAGCGUUGACGUGGAAAGGAGCAGCGAGGAGGGGGAGGUUGGAGAAAAAAACUGCAGCUCUUCUAAAAAUACGGAGGGCAUGCAAGAGUGCGAGCAGGCUGGGGAGGAGGGCGAGGUGAGAGCGCCUCGCACCAUGGUCCCCGGGUGCCAGCGCGGCGCAGUUUCGGAGAUGUCCCUCCUGUGACUGGACGCACCAUGAGCAUCUGGGAGGUGAUCCUGGCUUUCGUGGUGGUGGUGCUGAUGCUCGUGGCCCUGCUGGCCAACGUGCUGGUGCUGAUGUGCUUCCUGUACAGCGCUGACAUCCGCAAGCAGGUCCCGGGAUUGUUCAUCCUCAACCUCACCUUCUGCAACCUGUUGAUGACCGUUUCGAACAUGCCCCUGACCUUGGCUGGGAUCAUUUACAAGAGUCAACCAGGAGGAGAUCAGAUCUGCCACAUUGCGGGCUUCCUGGAGACUUUCCUCACCACGAACUCCAUGCUGAGCAUGGCAGCUUUGAGCAUUGACAGAUGGAUUGCUGUGGUCUUCCCUCUAAGUUAUCACUCCAAAAUGAGGUACAGAGAUGCUGCUCUCAUACUGAGCUACACGUGGUUGCACUCGGUGUCGUUCCCAAUAGUGGCAGCUUCUCUCUCCUGGGUGGGUUUCCAUCACCUCUAUGCCUCCUGCACCCUGUACAACAAGAGACCAGAGGAUAGGACACAGUUUGUGAUUUUCACUGGGGUCUUUCACACCCUCAGCUUCCUCCUCUCCCUUAUAGUCCUGUGUUUCACAUACCUAAAAGUGCUGAAGGUGGCACGGUUUCACUGUAAGCGGAUUGACGUGAUCACUAUGCAGACCCUGGUGCUGCUUGUGGACAUCCAUCCCAGUGUAAGAGAGCGUUGUCUGGAAGAACAAAAGAGACGGAGGCAACGAGCAACAAAGAAAAUAAGUACCUUUAUCGGUACUUUUAUACUUUGUUUUGCACCUUAUGUUAUCACAAGACUUGUUGAAUUGUCCUCUGUGGUCCCCAUCAAUUCCCACUGGGGAAUCAUUUCCAAGUGCUUAGCUUACAGCAAAGUUGUUUCAGACCCUUUUGUGUAUUCUUUGCUACGUAAUCAGUACAAGAAGACGUGGAAGGACAUCAUAAACAAGAUCCUCAAAAGAAGCUCCAUCAACUCCUCUGCCCUCACGAGUGAGUCGCACAACCGGAAUAUAUUGCAACUGAAUGAAUGAGGAGCCUGGUACAGGAUCUUCAAGAACCAUAGAAUGAUAUAUGGGAAACAAAAGUAACUGGCCUAACCCUAGUAGCUAUCUUCAGCUGUCAAGGUUUCAGGAGGCAGCCACAGAGGCUGGUUGAAGCCCAGCCCGUGUCCCUCCCACAGCCCCUGUAACACCUGAGGGAGGCAGGCUGCUUGGUGCCUCCUGCCCCCAACUACAAGCGUGCUAUUGAUAAAUGGUCCUGCAGGCUUCGCGGGUACAAAUCUCCCAUUGAUUUUCAUCAGCAGUUACACAUACAUACAGGGUGAAAAGCUGGUCCUUUGUGGAAGGGCUCACAAUAGUAGAGGAAGCAGACUGGUGUGAUCAUGAGAUUAUUUCAAAAAAGCCACACAGGGACAUCUGUGUGGUGUUUUUCAUGGGCUGCAGGUAAGGCUCUCUCCAAUCGAGCUGCCAAUCUGGCUUUCCUAAAACAACCACAGACUAGUUGCUUCAGGAGGUUCCCCAUAGAAAGCUCUUAAAAAAGCUUAAUAGCAAAAUCUUUACCUGGAUACUCAUACAGUGCCCAGCAUAGUUUUCAGCCUCUUUUUAUACAUAUUAUUUGAAAAAUUCUGUAGAACUGAAUGGAGAGAAAAUCACUUUUACAGUACGCUGGAGGCUGUAUUUGGCUGUAUUUAAGUAACUGUCACAGAAACCCAUUAUUUUCCUCCCCAUUAAAUUUCAGAACAGUAAAAAAGGUAGAUAGGAUGAAAAAAUCAGGAUGAUUCCUGCCUACCUUCAAACCACUUUCUAGUAUAUCUGAGCUACACAGAGAUGGAUUUUGCCCCAAAGCUGCAAAAUUGGUCCCUCUGCCCCAUAUAUUAAUAAAUGUAUUUAAUGAGGGUUUAUUCCCAUAUAUAUAUAUAUUAUUUGAAGGAAAGAUGACCCCACAGCUGAGUUUAAAAGUAUCAUUUCCAAAGUAAGUAGAGCAAAAAUAAUAGACAUCCUCCCCACCAUGAAAGUGUAGACAGUAAUAUUAUUCCACAUCUGAACAAGUGCAAAUCUCAGAGGUUUCAAUUUGGAUCUCUGUAGCACUGGGAUGUUGCUCUGCUUAUUAAUGUUAUUAAUAUUUACCAUGCAUUCAGCUCAGCCUGCAGCUAACACAGACCCAUAUACCACUAAAAUUUUCAAGAUCAGGAAAAUCCUAUGUGACACUUCCUCAGAAGCUAUCACAGUAUCUUAAUUUUUGUAAACAACAUUUAUUUCAUUGUAAGCAAAACUGCAGUGUAUAGAUGGCCUCAUAACUGUCAUGUAGACAUGAUGCUGAAUCCAUCUUCCAGUGACUAAUGACAUAUUACUUUCUUUGGUAAUUUUCAGUGAUUUCUCUCUCAAUUCAAAGAAAACACUAUGAAAUGAUACAGUUUAAGUGUUUUCUUAUUAACUAAGAUGUAGAAAAUCAAGAGCAAUAAUUAAUCAGUUGUCAGCACUAUGAUUUUAGGAAUAAUCAGUUUAUAUAACAACUUGCCUCCAAAAAAAAAGUGUCCUCAUCAUAACUUCUUAACAUUAUUUUCAGGUAAAGAACUAUUGCUUUCAAAUGCUUCACAUUUAUACUUUGAUUGGCAAAAGACUUGCUACCAAUUCUGACCUUAAUUCUUCACACAUUUGUCUCCAUCAAGUGACUUAAAUUCCAAAAGAUAAAGGUAAAUUAACAUCAGAAAUGAAAGAAAUGAAAUUAGCUUUUGCUCUAUAGGUCAAGAAAGCUUCUCUCCAGUGGCCAUAAGUUACAUUUUUAAUUUUAUUAUUAUUAUUAUUAUUAUUAUUUUGGUGAGGGUAAAACAGUAAAUACAUGCCCAGAUUAUGAACAUUCUCGGUUAAGCAGGCUUCAUGCAUGCAAUGGCAUCUUAAAUAACAGCUGAUAUAGCUGGCUAUAUUAACAUCAAUCCCUGCAUAUUCCAACUGUAAAUACAGAAGUCAGGGCCAUGUUGAUAAAAUAGGGCCCCAAGUACUAAAAACGUUGAAUUAAUUUUAGUUGCCACAUCUUGUGUUCUCCAAACAAAAGGCACUGUAUGGCAUCUAUAGCUCUGCAGAAGCCCUGACAGAAAAGGUUAAUUAGUUAAAUUAGUAUAUUCUGUUUCAUUUAUGAUAAAUCAUUAAUAUCAGUUAUUUUGCAAACCUCAGCAUACUCCAUUUUGCAAAUUUCACCAUGAAUAUCUGCCUUUGAUACAACGGAUAUUAUGACAACAUUUUUCCUUCAUACCUUGCAAAAACAUCCACUGCUAUAAUAUCUGACCGUUGAUUAAGAACCCAGAUAGGUAACUCAGUGAGAGGUUUCACCUCAAAGUCAAUAAAUUUGGGGUAAUACCUCAGUCACUAGUGUGAAGAACCUUGCCUUAGCCCUCUCUCUGGCACAAUACUGCAGCUGCAAUUUAUAAACUCUCAUUGUUGUCUGCUUUAUAAGUGUAAAAAAAUAACAGAAUGAAGAUCAUUAACUAACUACCAUGUAAGUAAAAUCUUCAUCUCAGCUAUUCAGUUUAGUUAUAAAACUACAGCAUAAAUGUAAAAAAAAUACACAACUAUAGUCAUGGAAUCUAAGUAGGUUUUUCCAACACUGUAUGCUACCCAUUAGUCACAUUACAUUGUCUACCUCAUCUUAAUCAUUUGACUUGUUAGGCUUAACAUAAUUUUCUCAGGUACAAUAGGUAAAAACACCCAGUUCAAUAUUUUUUUCUUACAAAAUUCAAGUCAUUUUGAUGGCUUGACAGUAUUCUGAAAGGAUAGUGGAUAACUGAUUAUUAGUCAGCUUAAAAAGAUAAAAUGCUUUGUAUCAGGAUGUUAUAUGUUUUACUAAGACCACUUGUAGUUAAGAAAUUAAAACAGGCUGAUUGUUAAAGUCCACAACUGUUGUCAAUUUAGACAUGGGGCUGCUGCCAAAGUCAAUGGGAGGUUUGCACGUUGAUAAACCUAGCCCCAGAGGGAUUUUGCAUUCAAUCCAUUAUUCAAAUAGAGCAAAAUAAUUUCCCAGAAGAAAAACUAUAGUACCAUUAGGAUGGCAAGUAAAAGGUAGAGGAGAAUAUAGCAUUGGACUUGUCUCAUUAAGCCUGUGUAUCACAGUCAGUCACUGGUUGAUUUAUGUGUCACCAUGAGCAAUAAAUCUCUCCCCAUGUAUAUGUUUAAAAAUUUGUCUUUCUUUCAUGGUGCCUUUCUUCUAGGAUUAAUCUUAUAGCAGAGAAUAAAUAUAAUUUCCCUUUACUUACAUCAGAUCCCUGACACAUUGUCAUAUUUCUACCAUCUGAAGCAAGCAAGAGUUGUACAUGCUGGUGCUUGAUAAACUGACCCAAUAUACAAAAUAAAAGUAAUACCCUAACAUUUCCUGAUGACAUUUCAUAAGAUACUAGAAAUAUGAUACUGUGGCUCGUUAAGUGCUAGAUAUUCAUCUGAAUUCUUAUAGGCAACUUGCAUUUUUUUCUAAAAUGUGUGUCUAAGUGAUGAAUGUAGAUAUGACUAACUGUGUCUGCUGAGUAUUAUGUGUACUAUACAACACUUUCACUCGAGUGAGUUACAAUAAUGAUGGCAAAUGUAAUGCACAAUACUUUAUUAUCUCUGGUCAUGAGGCGGAACUGUUCUUUUGUCGAAUGCAAAUGUGAGUGUGUGCGCGAAGGGUGGAUUUUCCAUUUGUUGUUUAAAUAUUUUUGAAAAAGUUUGUAAAGUAUGGCUACAAUGUGUGCCCAAAAUAUGGAACUGCAUGUGCAAAACUUGUGCAGCUGCUUAGGCAAUAUGCAGUUUUCUGUUUGUUGGUAUCUGCAUUCCAUAUGCAAUAUCUAUUUCUCACAUGCAUGUUCAAUUAACAUGUUCUUCAUAUCUUGUAAGUUUGGCAGGCAGAAUGUUGGCAGACAAUUAAGAGAAUUUAGUUCACUAUGUCAUAUUGCAUAUUCCCUCUGUCCAUUUUACAGUUACUUAUACAAUUUCAGAGCCAUAACUAUUGACUAGGACCCCAUAUUAUGUUAUGUUUUUGAACUAGUUUUGAUGUGAAGAUUUGGUAAUCACAUGUGACAAAACUAUGAAAUAAUGAUAUGUUUACUACUGACAUAAAUCAACAUAAUAUUUUAUUGCUUCAACUGACAACCCAGUCCCAUUAAAUAAUUAUAUCCAGGUUUUAUAGAUCUGUCUUUUAAAUGUUUAAAGCUGUGUUUUCAAAGGUAUUUGCACAGUGCAAGAUGUAAACAGGAUUUAUUGAGUUCCUCACGAGUGCAAGUACCCACUUUCAAUGCUAGGCAACUACAUGAUCCAUCUCUAACUAAGGUCUAUCCCUGUUGUUACCCUUUACAUAAAAGGCCCACAAAACUAUGUUGUCAGUGGCUCUGAACCAUGCUUUUUAUAACCUCUAAAGUUUUAAUUAUGAAAUAAUCAAGUUAUAAUAAUCAAGUCAAUAAUAAUUAAUCAAGUCAAAUAAUCAACAUAUAAAAACUCCCAGACAAAUCCUUACGAAGUCUGAGGACUGCUGCAGUAGUAGCCUCGUGUAUCACAGCAUCACAGAGCAGCUGAGGGUGGAAGGGACCUCUGGAGGUCAUCUUAUUCACCUCCCAAGAGGCACAUCACUGCUUUUUGCUUUAGUUUACCAUCUCAGUUUUGCAAACACAUGUCUGUUCUGCAGUAGUGCUGGGAAACAAUCCUAGUCCACAUCAACAAUAAAGUCAUCCGGAAAAUUAUUUUUUUUCUGAAAUCAUUUUGGACAGCCAGCUUAGACUUGACUUCAAAAACAGCUGCAUCAGCACAAUUUAGAGGCUACAAAACUGGGUCAGAAACAGAUGUGAAUGGGCCAGAAAGUUUGGGAAAUCUAAUCCUUACUUUACUGCUGUUGCAAUGAUAUGUGUUGCUCUGGCUGCAGUGGGCUUUUCCUAAUGACCUGCUUCCGCAACAGGAACUCUCCAGGACUCUCAGCCGUUCACUUACCCCAAAGAGAAAGCCAAAACUUAUCUUAAAGCCUAGUAGCACAAGCAGCACAGCCUCUAUAGGAGGGUCCUUGUUGGGUUAGGAAGGCUUAAAUGGUUUUCAGUUGGGCUACAUGGAAACUCAUCACAUACUUUGGAUGGCCAGAAACCAUCUACACCUGGAUGAGCCUUGCUUUAAGUGACAGAAUAAUUCUUAAAGCUCGGGAGGUUUAUGUAGUUUGCAGAUAGAAAGUUUUUCUGGUCUUGUUUGCCAAAUUUUUCAUAGUUUCUCCAUUCCUCUUACUACUGAAUAAAGAAGGUUCUGGGGUCUCAGAACAUCUUGUCCUGUUCAUUUUUGCAUGUGCAGUGAAUGCCACCGAACCAACUCUUUGGAAAUUCCUUGCUUUUCACUAAUAUCAGAACUAUCUUCUCCCCACACUAAAUGUUCUUAUGAUUAAAUGAACCUUAUAAGCAAAACCAGAGACUUCACACUAAUGUCAGAUCAUUUUUAUUUAGCCCAAAAGAUCUCUCUAUAUUACUGCACAUCGCAUUCAGAACAGAAAACUCGGAUUCAUGGAUCCUAUGGUGUUUGCUUUACCAGGUGACACUGGAUAGUUACUGUUAAGCAUAGGCUUCCAUGUUGGUAGAAUCAGGGACUAUAUCUUCAUAAGCUACCCAAGCCUGAAUAGGUGAGACAAUAAUAUUUUAGCCUUAAAUCUAUUUUUUUAUUUUUUAAAUUUGCUUUUUAUGCUUUAAUUCAGAGCACUAAGUAUACCUUGUAAUCUUUGAUGGAUAAAGUUUCUUUAUGAAAACCAUCCCACUUUAAAAGACAGCUGUCCUUGUUGGGAGGUAUAAAAGUUUACACAGAGAAAAGAGCUGCUGCAGUGUCUAUAAAAUGUCUACUUCUUAUAUGUAUCCCUGGUGUGUAUUGUGUGUAUCAUGUAAAUAUGUAUUUAGAAUUGUUGGUUUUUAAGCAAAUAAUGUUGAUCUAAUGAACUACAGAGGAUACUGUCAUAUAUGUCUAUAUUUAUAACAAAGAUGGUUAGCCCUAUAGACUGAAAGUGCACUUCAGAAAUGUGUGUUGAGAAGCAAAUGUAUCAGGUGGAUGAAAGCAUGCAUGUGUGGUAAUUGUGUUGUAAAAUAUGAUUUUUUUUUUCUUGAAGAAAUACUAUUGCACAUGGUUUCAAUAUACCCAAAGGCAUGAGUCCACUCAACUGAUUAAUAUUCUUCAAAGAUAUAUUAGGAAAAGAAUCUCCAUUUGGAGCUUACUGAAUACUGGGCAACAGUUUUCUAGUCUCUGUAGUUAUAAAAUUACAGCUCUGAAGCAAACAUUUUUUUAAAAAAUCACAGAAACAGCAAAAAAAGAAAUUGAGAGCCUCCAUCCUCCUGGGAUAUGAUCCAGCAAGAGUUCCUAAGGAAGAAGAAAACAAGUGCUUUCAAAUGAAAUGCCAGUGCAUCCUAGUGAGAUACUUAAGGAAAUACAAUGUGGCCUAGUGUACAAACUUGGCUAUAUCCUUCCCGUUGUUGACCACCAUAGAUAGUCCUAUUUAGUCAUUUUGAACUUAUGGUGUCUCGAGUCCUUGAACAAAAUUAACAAAUAAAAAACUGUUGGAUUUCAAAGUGAUUUACAUUGCAACCCUGACCAUGAAAUCCUUAUGCAAAGACAGCAAAUUUCUGCUCCUCCUGAUUCGCUAAUGUGAUCAAUGAGCUACAGAGGAAAAAAAUAUAUACAUCCCAUGAGCUGAAUGACAUUUGACUUUUUUUUACUUUUGUUAAGAAAACAAUGUCAGUAAAAUAUGUGGUGUCCUCAGGGUCAUACAGCAAAUGUGACAAGGCAGGGGACAACUUAUCCAUACUGUACCAUCUUGCCCAACCACACUCAAGUAAAAUAAAGCUAUCUGCAUCAGCCACAGUAUGUGAUGGGUCAUUUAUAGCAGAAACCAUAGGGCUUCCCUCAUAACAUAUUUGAAAAAUCAUUAUCACAGAUUGCCUUGGAAAAUAGAAAUAGACAACUAAAAGGUGCCUUGAUUUACCUUUAUACACAUUUUUCUAAACAUUAGAUUUUUUCAUGUUGUUUUUAUUUACUUAAGAUCAUUUUAAAAUUAAAAAAAAAAAAAAUCCCAUAUAUUUGGCAAUCAUCAAUCUUUCCCUUCUGAAUUCUUGCAGGAAUGUAAUGUAUUACCAGUCCUUAUAGAUGCAGUUGAAUAUAAACCUUUUCCUCUAUAUUAGAUUAUUAGAUGAUUACUUACUU